GGUUUAGUGUUAUAUAUGGAUGUUAUAUGUAAUAAAGUGGCCAGAAAGACAAGGUCGGUAGGCAGGUGUUUCCGAUAAUUUGGCCAAAAUACAGGAUAAGUAUGUGUUUCUGAUAAAGGGGCCAGAAGGACAAGGUAAGCAUAUCUGAUAAACUGGCUAGAAAGACCGUAUAGGUAGUUGUUUCCGAUAAAGUGGCCAGAGGCGCAAAGUAGGUAGUUGUUUCCGAUAAAGUGGCCACAGUGCCUCUGUGCCUUUAAGGGAUCUCGAGCUCUUGUCCAAUCACGUUGUGUGUUGAUUGUGAUCCGGGUACUGAGCGCUGGGUUGAUGCGGAGCUGUGGUUGGUGAGGUGAGCGCGCGGCGGUAUAUGAAGUGAGGAGUGAUCUGGGAGUGAUCUGCACGCGGGCUGAGAUGAGCGGGGUGCAGGGCGCGUGCACGCUGCUGCAGGGAGUGUACGGGUCGGUGAGGACGCUGCAGCAGUUCGCGGACAGCGUGCAGUACCCGGAUGGCCGCGGGGCGGCGCUGCUGCGGGACACGGACCCCGCGCGCCUCGCCGGUCUCAUGCGGGGACUCGUGGUGUGCACGGACUCGCGCCUCCCGCGCGCCGCCAGCCGCGCACAGUUGGCCACGCUGCCCGAGGUGUUGGCAUUUGUGCUGAACCACAUGAAGAGGAAGAAGAGGAGGAAUGUCCUGAACUUCGGUUAUCACUACAGCGACCGCCAGGGGAACUGGGACCCCUUCAAGUUCCACGGCUCCCUUUCCCAGAGUGCGGCCUUUAUCAGCGGCAGUGAGCUUUGGGCCAAGAUAAACCAGCGACUGGGUACCGAAGUCACCAAGUUCCUGCUGCAGGAGUGUGCUGUCUUCGUUACAGCACCCCCUUCCUGCCUGGUGCAGCUCUGUGGCGUGCCUCUGUAUGACAUGGUACCUGUACGUAGCUGGUGUGGGUUUUUUCUCACAUCUGGUCCACCUGUCACCUGGAAAAGGAGUGACCAGGGAAGAGAUCUGAAGAACAGAACUACUGUGAGCAGAAGCAAGAGAAAGAAUGAAAAAGAACGGAUUGAAACAGAUGGUUCUACCAGUGGAACCAAGGUUAGGACUCGCAAAACAAGGAAAAUUAGGCAUCAUGCUAGAAAAACAGACUUACCCACUGAAGAGAACCAGCCUAAAGCAUGUAGUACAAGAGUGAACACUGACAUAGAAAACUCCAACACUGAAAACACCAAAAAGAGAAAGAAAGAAGAAGAAAAUGAUGAUAAUGAAGUAGAAGAAGGAGAACAAGCGAAGGACGAACGUAGUCAGGCCAAAAGGAAAUGUGUAGACAAUGAAGAACAGAGUAACGUCUGUCUUUUAGAUCCCAUAGAGACAGCUAAGACAGAAUCUCAGAAACCAGAAAAGGUGGAGCCAGCCUCGACAGGCCACGCCUCCAUGCAGGGUGUGUCCAGCUGGAAGCCAAGUGACCAACCGCCUUCGUGCCCCUCCCACUGCUUCAUCCGGGUACUGAGCAUGCUCUAUUGUGGCCGUGGCAUGAAGGGUUUUCUGCUUAACAGGAAGGUCCGGGGUGGAGUGGGCGGGCCUAAACACCUGCAAGGGGCGGAGCUUGUAAGGAUUAUUUUCCUCCAGGGAAACACCUACUUGUCUGGAGCAGAACCAAAGCCCCAGAAGCUUCCAAGACGCUUCUUCAGCAUGGUGCCCAUCUUCAGCCAGUUAAUAAAGAAACACAGAAAAUGCCCCUAUGCUCACUUUCUGCGUAAGAAGUGCUCAGGUGGCAAGGGCAAGGAGGACAUGUUGUCGCUGCUGGUCUCCCACUGCUCCGCCUACAGGGUGUACCUGUUCGUCAGGGAGGUCCUACGCUACGUCAUUCCAGACCAGCUCUGGGGCUCUGAGCACAACCUCCUGACCUUCCUGUCCCAGGUGAAGCACUUCCUGCGGAUGGGAAGGUUUGAGAGGCUGUCGCUGGGGCAGGUCAUGUGGAGGAUGAGGGUGAGCGACUGUCACUGGGUCGGACACAAAAAACGUCACUGUCCGAGUGAGCAUCGCUACAGGGAGUGGAUUUUGGGUCAGUUCCUGCUGUGGCUGAUGGAGAGCUUCGUGGUGGGUUUGGUUAAAGCCAUGUUCUACGUCACCGAGAGCAUGGGCACCAAACAUGCCCUGCAGUUCUACCGCCGGGACAUCUGGACCAAACUGCAGGACAUGGCCUUCAGGGAGCACCUGAGUAAAGGUCAGUGGGAGGCGCUGACCCCCCAGCAGGUGGCGGCUCUGCCCAAAUCCACUGUAAAGUCCCGCAUUCGCUUCAUUCCCAAAGCCAGCGGCAUGCGCCCAAUCACACGGCUGAGUGGCGCCGGCUCCGCCCUGCAGCAGUUCCAGACCUCCGUACGGGACCUGCAGAACGUGCUGGGUCUGUGUGUGCGGGAGAACCCAGUUCUGCUGGGUUCCACUGUGUGGGGGAGGCAGGAUAUCCACCGGGUGCUGAGCAGCAUCGCCCCCCAACACGCCCACAACCCGCACCCGCUGUACUUCGUUAAGGUGGACGUUAGCGGGGCGUAUGAUAGUCUUCCUCAUGCGAAGCUGCUGGAGGUGGUUGGCGAGGUUCUGGACCCGGUUCUACAGGACUGUUUCUUCCUCAGACACUACGCUAAAGUGUGGAGAGACUCUUCACUCGGCGUCAGGAAACAGUUCUGUACUAAGGCUGAUAUGUUGGAGAUGGUGAAUAUGAAGGGCUUCGCGGUGGAGGAGCAGAACAGUGGGCGACUCCGAGACGCCGUUCUGGUGGAGAGGUACUCUGUGGAGGUGAGGGGGGCGGAGGUUCUCCAGUUCUUUAAGGAGAUGCUGAGCAGCUACGUCAUCCAGCAUGACCAGCGGUGGUUCCGGCAGGUCCGUGGGGUUCCUCAGGGUUCCGCUGUGUCCACCAUGCUGUGUAACCUGUGCUACGGUCACAUGGAGAACUCCCUGCUGAAGAACAUCACAGAGAAAGGAGGGUGUCUGAUGCGACUGGUGGAUGAUUUCCUGCUCAUCACUCCAAAACUGAGCAAAGCCGUGCACUUCCUAAAGACGCUGUUGGCGGGUGUUCCUGAGUACGGUUGUGAGAUUAACCCUCAGAAGGUGGUGGUGAAUUUCCCGGUGUGUGAUGAGCUGGUGAUUCCCGGGAUCUCUGAACUCCCCCUGCAGAGUCUGUUCCCCUGGUGUGGUCUUCUGAUCAGCACCCAAACCCUCGACAUCUACAACAAUUACUCAGGAUACGCUGGCCAAUCAGUGCGUUACAGCCAGACUCUAGGCUCCGCCCCCUCUGCUGUAGCCUUUAUGAGGCAGAAGCUGCUGAUGAUCCUUAAACUCAAGUGUAACGCAAUCUUCCUCGACCUGCGCGUGAACUCUGUGGAAGCUGUGUUUAAGAACAUCUAUAAGCUCCUCCUCCUGCAGGCCCUCAGGUUUCACGUGUGUGUGAAGAAUCUGCCGCUGGGUCAGAACAUCACGACAAACCUGAAGAUCUUCCUGAACAUCAUCUGGAGCUCUGCCAAGACUGUUCACCACUCCAUCAGAACCUGCAACUCAGAGGGUGUGGCUGAUCCGGUGGGCGGAGUUCUGCAGUACGAAUCGGUGGAGUUGUUGUGCUGUUUGGCGUUUGUAGGGGUGUUGUCUCGGUAUCGAUCGACGUAUCGCUUCCUUCUGCCCCGGCUCCACACUCGUAGGAGGAGUCUGUGUUCAAAGCUUCGGGGACUGAGGUUGGCGAGAGUUCUCCAGGCUGCUACUCCCAGAAUUCCUCCUGAUUUCACCAAAAUCCGCUGCUGAACCCCCGUAAUGCUCAGACUGUACCGGACACCGCUAUUUUACUGUACACUGUUACUAUACUGCACACCGCUACUGUAUCGAAAACCGUUACUUUACUUUUUGUACACCACUAUUGUACAUGUUACUGUAGUGUAUACAAUUACUGUACUGUACACCGUUA